UUGGUUUUUCGAGACAGGGUUUCUCUGUGUAGCUUUGCGCCUUUCCUGGAACUCACUUGGUAGUCCAGGCUGGCCUCGAACUCACAGAGAUCUGCCUGGCUCUGCCUCCCGAGUGCUGGGAUUAAAGGCGUGCGCCACCACCGCCCGGCCACAAGAAGCACUUUUGUUCUCAGCCCACUGACAGGAAGAGAAAUAAUGAGAAAAGGGAGUUUUAGUCUAAGAAGCAUUAGAUCUAAGAUUUGGCCAUUAUAUUGAAGAAAUGACAUUGGACAUUAUGGUUUGUUCCCAGAUACAUGGGUAGAUCAAAUUUUUUUCUUCUGUAAAUAUAAACUGGCUAUCAAAUUGGCUAGUUUCCUGUAGGAAGAUAGGUGAGAAUACACUAGCUGAAGAUUCACCAUCUACAGAGUCCCAGAGCUCUUGUAGGUAUAUUGUGACAGUUAUAUAUUGUUAUAUAUUAUAUAUAUAUAUACUUAUAUAGUUAUAUAUGUGGUUUUAUAUAUAUAGUUAUAUAUCAUUAUAUAGUUUUAUAUAUACAUAGUUAUAUAUAGUUAUAUAUUAUACAUCGUUAUAAAUUGUUAUAUAUAUAGUUUUAUAUAUAUAUAGUUAUAUAUUGUUAUAGUUCAGGGGAGAAAGUAGCAAACUACCAUGCAUGUAAACCCUAAUUUCAGUCAUUUAUCAGCAGUGACCAAGAGGAGGCUCUUGUCCCCAAAGAACUCUCAGCACUGAAGUUCUGGUAUACAAUGUGGGCAAAAACCAUAAUGAUACCAUUGUCAGGUAUAGGUCAGGGGAACCUGGUAACAUCUGUUUUAGUAGACACAGUUGUUUUGGUUAUACAACUGGGCCAUGGUCUGGAUCAAGGAAAAGUCUUGCAUGUGGUGAUGUUAAGGGUCUGGGGUUGCUCAGAGAUUUACCAUGACAAUAAAUAAACUUUAAUAAGGAGAGGCUUUUGAUUUAAGAUACUGGAGUCCAUGUGGGGCCAGGACUGCACCUGAGAGCAUUCUCAAGAUGCAGUACCUAGCUAUAACAGCCCAGGGCUUAUAAAAGCAAAACUCACAAGAUGACAUAUAUUUUGUCUACAUGUAGGCAGGGUCUAGUUUUCAACAUAAAUGUCUUGCAGUUGUCCUAGUAAUCUUUUUUAAUAGAGUAAGCAAGUUUGAUUACAAAAGCAGAAAUAGCAGUUACUCUUGUGACCUACCAUCUUGCUAAAACAGCAAAUUUUACAAGAUCAGUCAAUUUAAGGGCAAGGGCAACUGAAAUGAUCCAUGUGAGCUAGUUAUUGACAAUCACACUAAUUAAGCCAAUUAAAAGUUUUGAGUUCUGGGCUGAAGAUGGCUCAGCGGUUAAGAGCACUGACUGCUCUUUAAAGGUCCUGAGUUCAAUUUCCAGCAACAACAUGGUAGCUCACAACCAUCUAUAGUGAGAUCUGAUGCCUUCUUCUGGCCAGCAGGCAUAUAUGCAGUCAGAACACUGUAUACGUAAUAAAUAAAUACAUCUUUUAAAAAAAAAAGUUUUGAGUCCUUUUGUUAAUGGCCAGACAAAGAGUGAGCUUGUGCCUCUGAAGUCUCUUGGUGUCCAAGCUCAGGGGUAUAGCGUUUUUUAAAGACAAAACCACAACAACAUCAGUGCUGGCGGAGGGGGAUGUUAAUGUUACAUUACUGAGGGAAUCCGGGCCUAGUAAUAUCUGCUUUCUUUGUAGAGUUCAGCAGUAUCUUCCAGACACUACAAUACAUCUGGGCCAUGGUCCAGGUCACGGACAGUCCUAAAAGCAUCACCAACGUGGAUGUGGCUGUUGCGGGUGAGAGGCUGAGAAGUGUCUAGGCAGACACAAAGUUUGGACUUUAGUCAUUUCACAAGUAUCAGUUCCCAGUUACAAGCUUUGGCACAGUGGAUAAAAGUGCCUGCAAUCAAGCUGGACUCAUAUAUAGACAACUACUCUGGCAAGUUGUCUUUUGACCGCCACACGCACUUUGUGUCAUAUCUCCAAAUAAAUACAUAAAUAAAUAAAUGUGCUUUUAAAAUUUAAAAAAAAAGUGAAUGCUUGGUCCAAACAACCCAGUAGGGGAUGCAUCCAGGCAUUUCCCCUUAAAGCGGAAAAAUGGGCAGCCUGCACGGGUAAGAGGCGCGAUCCUCCAGGAUACAGUCACCCAGAACGAGGGUCCCGCGGCACGCGGUUUGGUGCGCUGAGAGCACAACGCCUGCGUGGAGGGACGAACUGGAAACAAUGCGGGAACAUGUGCAUGGACCGUAGAAAAGUGAGAAGGUUUAACGCUCGUGCAGGAGUAGAGGGCGCCCCCGCGAGGUCCUCUGGGAAGCGGCGUGCGGAGUCGAGGUGCUAUGUGCAGAGGAAUUCUGGGAGUUGUAGUUCAGUUGGGCAGCCAGCUGGCGCGGCUCUGCCCAGGGCUCUCAGGUACCUCUGCAGGCGGUGAGAGGACAGCUUGGCAUGGAAGGCCAAGCCCGGUUCCCCCCGAGUUUGCGGAGCACGCUGAAGGAUCCGGGUGCGCCCUGCUUCUAGCUGCACCCUAGCGGCGUACUCACGCCCUUCCCUGGCGGUCAGCAGGGUGCGGGCGGUUAGACAGCCUCGGUGGAGCCCGGUCCAAGGCUCCCUUUCUGAGGACUCACCUUCUCCCAGUGCUGGAAAACCAAAAGAAAAUGGCAUAACCAAUGUGUUCCCAACUCUCGGGACUCAGGACUUGCUGAUCAAGAAUAUGGCUGAGGCUCUCACCCAGUGGGGAAAGCUGAACCCUUCUCAGGAAGAUGUGCCUAAGAAGCGCAGGAAUCUGGUUUUGCUGGGGCUUCCAAUUUCCAAACCUGAUGUGAUCUCUCAGUUGGAGCAUAGGGAAGAACUGGAGAGGGAUGUCUCAAAAGCAGCCAGUCCAGAGUGGGAAACAGUACCAGAAAGCAAGAAGCUAACUCAAGAGAAGCAUUUUUCUGAAGAGGAAUCAUCCCCUGGAGUGUUACUGGAGAGUUUUCCAGAGGAAAGGUCCAGGGACUGUGAAGACUCUUUAGAAAACCAGCAGGAAAACCAUGAAAAACACCCAAUACGAGAGCUGGUCCCUCAGAAGAGACUUUCUGUGAAGAGAAGCUACCAAUGUGAUGAAAUUAUGAGAAAUUUUAGUCAGUGGUCAUUACUUGUUCAACACCAAGGAGAGAGACUUCAUAAUUGUGGUUUGCCUAAGAACUUUAAAAAUUCAGCUGUGAUUAAACAGGGGAAAACUUGUGCAGGAAAGAAACCUUGGAAAUGUAACGAGUGUGAGAAAGCCUUCAGUUACUACUCAGCCUUCGUCUUGCAUCAGAGAAUUCACACAGGAGAAAAGCCCUAUGAAUGUAAUGAAUGUGGUAAAGCAUUUAGCCAGAGCAUACACCUUACUCUACACCAGAGAAUUCAUACUGGAGAGAAGCCCUAUGAGUGUCAUGAAUGUGGGAAGGCCUUCAGUCACCGCUCAGCCCUUAUUCGGCAUCACAUAAUUCACACUGGAGAGAAACCCUAUGAAUGCAGUGAAUGUGGGAAGGCCUUUAAUCAGAGCUCAUACCUCACUCAACACCAGCGAAUUCAUACUGGAGAGAAACCUUAUGAAUGUAAUGAAUGUGGGAAGGCCUUCAGCCAAAGCACAUUCCUAACCCAGCAUCAGGUUAUUCACACUGGAGAGAAACCUUACAAGUGUAAUGAAUGUGGCAGAGCUUUCAGUGACCGUUCAGGCCUUAUUCAGCACCAGAGAACUCAUACUGGAGAGAGGCCUUAUGAGUGUAAUGAAUGUGGGAAGGCCUUUGGCUACUGUUCAGCCUUGACUCAGCAUCAAAGAACUCACACUGGGGAGAAGCCCUAUAAGUGCAGUGCCUGCACCAAAGCCUUCAGUGACCGCUCAGCCCUUAUUCGUCAUCAGAAAACUCACACUGGAGAAAAACCCUGUAUGUGUAAAGAAUGUGGAAAAGCUUUCAGCCAGAGCUCAUCUCUUAUGAAACACCAGAAAACUCACACUGGAGAAAAACCCUGUAUGUGUAAAGAAUGUGGAAAAGCUUUCAGCCAGAGCUCAUCUCUUAUGAAACCCAGAAAACUCACACUGGAGAAAAACCCUGUAUGUGUAAAGAAUGUGGAAAAGCUUUCAGCCAGAGCUCAUCUCUUAUGAAACACCAGAAAACUCACACUGGAGAAAAACCCUAUAUGUGUAAAGAAUGUGGAAAAGCUUUUAGCCAGAGCUCAUCUCUUUCUCAACAUCAGAAAACUCAUGCUGGAGGGAAAAACAA